AUGUCUCUGAUUCCAAGCUUCUUCGGCGGCCGAAGGACUAACGUCUUCGACCCAUUCUCUCUCGACAUAUGGGAUCCAUUCCAGGACUUCCCGUUGAUCAGCGGCGGUGGAGAACACGCGGAUCAACUGGAAGGAGACGCCGGAGGUGCACGUGUUCAAGGCGGACCUUCCGGGGCUGAAGGAGGAGGUGAAAGUGGAGGUUGA